AUGCGUGAGGGGAAAGGCGUUCCUGUUCUCGCGGUGGACGCUGAGCCGACGGGUGCGGCCGCUAUGGGAGUGGUGCAGGCGAGGCAGCGCUGUCUAAUAUUCUACAAGGCACCUGGUGUUCCUGCUACCACUGUCGCCCUUUCGCACCCCGACGAGGUAGUGGCGUACGUGCGGACAAACAAUCUGUGCAAGGAGUCGCUCCCCGAGGGAGCGUGCAUGUGGGUAGACCUCCAGGGCUGUUCUGGGGAACAGGCCAAGCCUGUUCUCCAAUUCCUCUUUCCCAAGGCCCACCCAAGCCAGAUGGAAGCCGUGCUUGCUCCCGACGCGUACGACGUGGUGGAGCUGCAGUGUGCGAAGGGAGGGUGUCUUGUAGGCACUCUUGCUUGCGCUAGCAGCCGUGGCCGCACAUUGUCUGCACCUUCCGCGGCGGGGGACGAAAUGGAAUUGGACGCCAUCCUUUGCUCCUUUGCGUGCGAAGACCAGGUGCUGGUGACUCUCCACGCUGCCCCUUUUGUUGGGCUCGCUGAACUUCUUCGCCACGUGGAAGUAGAGGGCGGUCGUGCCGCGAGUGAUGCCGAGGAUCCCUCCAUGGACGAGAAAUUGGUAGACACAGCUGCUGCCUCGGAUUCGNUGCUCCAAAACAUGGCAAGCCCCGCUAUCCUUUGUACGCUGGUUUGUUUUGCCUGUGAAGCAUUUCUUCCGGACCCCACCUCGCUUCUUAGCGAGGUUGGUGACAUUGAUGAGAUGGUGCUCCUGAUUGCUCCGGGACGGCAGGAUCAGGCCGAUCUUCUUCGCCGAGUAGCGCUUCUCCGUCGCCGUAUAUCGAACUUUCGCACUGGACUUUAUUUGAAGGAGAAGUUACUCCAAGAGCUCAUUGCACCGACGAUGCGAACAUCAUUCAUAGCUAGGGAGUCGAAAACCGUGCUCGCUUACAAGGAAACGCUUGAGAAGGUUAGGCAGGUAUCGGAACGGCUCGACGACGCACGUGACAUGCUCAAUCAGGCGAACUUGAACUUUGUGACGGGCGUGUCGACGCGGAUGGGGCAGGCAUCGGCGGGUCUAGACUUUAAAAUGGCUCUCCUGAAUCAGGUCGCGGCGGCUUGCCUUCCCAUCAAUCUUAUCAUAUCAAUUUUUGGGAUGAACUGCAAGGUCCCGUACAUUACAGGCGAGUACGAUUCGCUCGUUCCGUUUUGGUCCAUUUGUGGUUUUUUUCUCUUCUGGGCUGUUGCUUGCCUCGCGCCGCUGCUCCGCACGGCCGCCCGCGGGCCCAGGAGCCGA